UGUUGAGGUUGGGAAGAUCCGGUCUUGGAAGCGGUCUCCUUUUCGACAAUUGCGGGGUCCGAUGCUUGCGCCAACGCAAUUCUUGAAGCUCGACAUUGAAGUUUGCAUGAGAUUUGACAGCGACCGAAAAGGAGAAGACGGUUUUUCCCGUGUUGGGCCUUUUGAGGCGUUCGCAUAUUCAUAUACCUGAGCCAUGAUGCGGUCAAUACGCUUCGACAUAUCAGGGCUGGCGGUACUCCUCUUCGCAGCCUCUUGCUACGACCCUGUCUUUGCCAUGCCACAAGAUAAGCGCAACUAUAUGUUGACAUCAAAUGCGACGAUUACCCCGUCUCCUACUCCCACCUCAAUCCCCACCUCCGACCUACACACAUCCCCCUCCCCCUCUCCCUCCCCUGGCAUUUCCACAGAGCCCGCCUCCAUGCACACCGAAAUCCCACUCCCUACGCUCGACCGUCCGAACCCGCCGCCAACCUCAAGCCCGGAACUAGAGCCGGACCCCCCGAGCCCUGUAAUCGAACCAACCAGUACCAAGAUCCCGAUUGCCCAACCGAUGCCACACCUGGAAAGCUUGCAAACCGCGAUAACCGGGACCCUCUUUAUUAUCCAUACGGAGAGACCGGUGCCGACGUUGGACGGGCCGAAACCGCCAGCGAAUACCGAAGGGGUGGGCGGUGGAAGUGGUGGUGACAUCCCACCGACUGCAGGUAACGUCCCUGCUCAUAGUCAGACAGAGGAGGGUCCUAGUCCAACGAGGUGGAAGUGGUUCAGGCAGCGAAACCAAUACCGCAGCAACGGCUGGAGGCGGCUCCAGUCAGACUACCAAUCCGGCAGUCCAGACUGAUGGAGGGGCGAACUUGGCCCUAGGCUGGGUCCCGCUCUUGGGGGUAGCAGGAAUAGUUUGGACGGGGAUUUGAGACAGCAUUUCUAGCCUGUUAAUAUGAUAUUUGGGAGGAAAUAAAAUGGGUUCGC